AUGGUUCUUUCAACGUACUAUCAGGCCAUUCCGACAUUGCUUGCCCUAUGCCUCCACAUCUCAAAUGUCGACGCCGAUGGUACAGGGCUGAUUGGAUAUGGCAAGACCUUAUACAACCCAACAUGCACUUUCGCGUGCCGCAUUGUAAUCCGAAGACAGCCACUCGCAUGCACACCCGUUGAGUCGCAUGGAAAACCACGGCACAGCCCACAAUCUGAUCACACUUUCCUCAAAACUAUGGCACUGUGCAUUGACACGUACUGCUCGUUGAGCGACGAGCCAGCAACGAGUCUGAUCGAAGACUACUGGGACUCGCAUCUCGGGAUUGGCACAUUGGGCACCUAUCAAUACGUGCCAGUCAUGUCGUACCAGGAGUCUUUGCUCGCAGCGCGUGAUGACGAGCAGCGCGCAAGGGCUGGUAAUAUGACAACGACAACGGCUACUUCUGUUCCAGAAGGUCUAGUACCGUUCAAAGUCUCGAGCCCCUUGGCUUUGACUACCGGUGGCAGCGGUGCUCUGAAUAGUACGCGCCUCGUGGGCCCUGUUCAGUGGCAAUUUCAGUACAACUACCUGUCCGACUUUGAAGUCAACGAGAGAGGCCACAGCACGAUGACUAUCAUUAUCGCGGUAGUUGCCAUAGCUCUCCCGAUACUCCUUUCGGCUCUCCGUGACUUGCCUGGACUGACCUCAAAUCGCAAUCUAAGCCGACUGAAAUCCGCCCUCGUACAUUCGCCAGCAAUUGGAAGGCAUCACCGACAGCCCGUGACCGGAGGACUUGUGCCCACCCGUGGGCAGAGCCUAUACAUAUUCCUCAUUGUAGCGCUCAACAUCAUCCUCCUAGUCGCCCCUUACACAUACACGCAACCCCAGGCGAGCUUCACUACAAAAGGCAGGCAGCAACUCAGCGUCAUUGGCAACCGCGCUGGCACAAUGGCUAUGGGCAACACUGUAGCCUUGUUCUUGUUCUCGUCUCGAAACAACGUUUUGCUGUACCUCACCGAUUGGAGCUACGGCACAUAUCUCUUACUUCAUCGGUGGCUCGGAUACUGUGCCGUUGCGCAGACUGUGAUCCAUUCGGCUAUGCUUUGGCGCUAUUACGUGGUGCAAGGUACUUACUCGGCUGAGCUACUGCGAUUGUAUUGGCAGUGGGGCAUUGUCAGCACAGUCGCUAUAUGCGCCUUGAUCCCUUGCUCUCUUCUUAUCGUCCGACAAAAGCUCUACGAGUUCUUCGUUGCUUCGCAUGUCGUACCAUCGUUAUUGUUCCUUAUUGGGUACUACUACCACAUCUGGUACGUCUAUACCUACAACUGGGGGUAUGAGAUAUGGAUGUUUGUGGCAGCUGGGACCUGGGCUUGUGAACGCCUGCUACGCGUUAUCCAGAUCGCUUUGCAUGGCACUCGCACAGCUACUGUUUCUGUUAUCGCAGACACCGAUAGUGAGUACAUAAGGAUUGAUAUCGAGGGUAAGAGAUUCGAGACGGGCGUAGCAUACCUCUGCUUUCCCACGCUCAGCUGGCGCUUUUGGGAAACACAUCCAUUCUCGGUGAGCGGAGUAGCCACACACCUGCCGUCGCAAUCAUUGCGACCAGAGUCGAGCCUAGCCCCUGUGCAAGAUGUGGCCACUGAGAAGGAACUCGGCAAUCUUGCCAUCACAUCUGUGACUAUCGCAGGAGCGGGAACAACAACAUUUUUCGCCCGUACUCGGGGUGGUAUCACAAAGACUUUGAUGAAUAGGGCUUCCGGGUCAGAGACUAGGCGAACGCGCGUGCGCGUGCUUGUGGAAGGACCCUAUGAUCACUCCGGCCAAGCGCACUUGCAGAUCGCGCAAUGCAGCAGUAUUCUGUGCAUUGCAGGGGGUGUUGGCAUUACAGCUUGCCUACUUCUGCUCAGACACAAUGAGGCCAAGGACUCAAAUUUGUUCUGGUCUAGUCGGCAUCCUGGUCUUGUUGCGGAACUUACGCCUACUUUGGACGCCUUUCAUCCCAAUGUGAGGGUGGAGACUCUUGUCGGACAGCGGUUCAAUCUGGUGUCCUUGAUACGCCGUGGCAGUCGUUGUAUCUGGUCCCCAGGAAUGGCAGAUGAGGUUCGGCUGGCAUGCACACAGAUUGCCUGGCAGCACAGAAAUGCUCGCGCCUACGUGUUCAUCGACGAGGCAUUCAGCUGGUAG